GCACUGCGCAGCAUUUCCGGUUCCGGCCGCGGCGGGAGCGCCGCCGUGUCCCCGGAGGGACGGCGGGGCCCGGGCGGUGGCAGCGGCGGUGACAGCGGGCACGGCCGCGCCGGGCACAGCCAGCGCCGCGCUCCCCGCGCCGCCCGGGCCGCGCCGCCGCUCCCCCGGGCCGGGCGGGCUCGGGGUCACCUUCAUGGGCGGGCGGGAGCGCGCGGCGCUGCCCGGGGCCUGCUGAGGCGGCGAGGCGGAGGGACCGGGAGCGGCACCGGGAGCGGGAGCGAUGUUCGUGCAGGAGGAGAAGAUCUUCGCGGGGAAGGUGCUGAGGCUCCAUGUGUGCACCAUGGAGGGCGCCGAGUGGCUGGAGGAGGUGCCCGAGGACACCACGGUGGAGAAGCUCAAGGAGCGGUGCCUGAAGCACUGCCUUCCUGGGAGCUUGGAGGAUCCCAAAACUGUGACACAUCACAAGCUGAUCCAUGCUACUUCUGAGAAGGUGCUGACAGACACCAAAACAGUGUUGGAGGAGAACAUUCAGGACAGAGAUGUGCUGCUGCUGGUCAAGAAGCGCGCGCCGACGCUGCUCCCCAAGAUGUCAGAUGUGGUUGCAGAGGAGAAAAGGAAGCAGGAGCAGAAGGCUCCUGACAAGGAUGCCAUCCUCAAAGCCACUGCCAACCUGCCCGCCCGCAGCGUGGACCGCAGCGUGAGCCACCACAACAUGAGGGAUUUUCCUUUCUUGCAGUUCCAGACAGAGCUCCGGAAGAUUUUAGUGUCUCUCAUAGAAGUUGCACAGAAGUUGCUAGCCCUGAACCCAGAUGCAGUUGAACUGUUUAAGAAGGCAAAUGCCAUGCUGGAUGAGGAUGAGGAGGACAGGGUGGACGAGAUCGCGCUGCGCCAGCUCACUGAGAUGGGCUUCCCAGAGAGCAGGGCUGUCAAAGCCCUCAGGCUGAACCACAUGUCCGUGACCCAGGCCAUGGAGUGGUUGAUAGAACACGCCGAUGACCCUUCUGUGGAUGCUCCUCUGCCAGGUUCUGCUCCUGCAGAAGCCCCAGCUGAAGGUGCUGCCUCCUCUGCUGAGGCAGCUGCGGGGCCCAGCUCGGAGGAGGGCGGGGAGGAGGCCAAGGAUGAGCUGACGGAAAUCUUCAAGAAGAUCCGGAGGAAAAGAGAAUUUCGUCCAGACCCACGGGCUGUCAUUGCCCUGAUGGAGAUGGGAUUUGAUGAGAAGGAAGUGGUGGAUGCACUCAGAGUGAACAACAACCAGCAAAAUGCAGCUUGUGAGUGGCUGCUGGGAGACAGAAAACCUUCUCCAGAGGACUUAGAUAAGGGCAUUGACACCAACAGCCCUCUCUUCCAAGCCAUCUUAGAAAACCCAGUGGUACAGUUAGGGCUCACCAACCCUAAAACUCUACUAGCCUUCGAGGAUAUGCUUGAAAACCCCCUGAACAGCACUCAGUGGAUGAACGAUCCCGAGACGGGGCCGGUGAUGUUACAGAUCUCCCGAAUCUUCCAGACACUGAACCGCACGUAGAGGGAGCUGCCAGUGCACUGUGCCACUUCCCCCUGGCCCUCACUCCCCCUCCACCUCCACGGGAGGCUGCCCGGAUGGUUGGGAAGGGGUGGAGGGAGGGAGGGAUGGAUGGGGGAGAUCCUGGCUGGAGGGGUCUCUCACACGAGAGCUUUCGUAGUUAUGGCCAACAGGAGUGAGUUGCCUUGUGGAUUUAGUGUUAGUGGAAGAGGUUUGAGGAUUUGUUCAUGUUUUCAGGUCUUAGGUUUAAAAUAAAGUAUAUAUAUUAAAAAAAAAUAGGAAAAAGGUUUUGUGAAAACACUUAAGAAUCUGAUUGUUGGAAAGAAAUAUUGCUCGUUCAAAAGGCCUGUGACAGUUUUCUGGCCAGUUCUGCUAGGAUCUGGCUGGUGUUUACAAAAGGUCACUGACCACUAGCAUAGGAUUAUUAAUCAUCUCCAUACAGUAUUAAUUUAUAGCUCUUAUCAAAUUGCAAAACUGCUUUUUAAAAAAUAAAAUAAAAAUUGAUUCUUAGGAAAUGUUUUUUAAAAGCCCAAAUCUUGGGAGAGCAAGCACAUUUCUAUCUGAGCUUGUUUAUCUGGCAUUCUAAUUUAAGCAGAAUCAUUCAGAGAUGGAAUUCUAAUAAAUAGCAUUACUUUUUCCUAUUUAUUUGCUGCGUUAGUGUUGUUGCAGUCCCACUGGGGUUGUCCUUGCAGGAGGUUCUCUGUCAGGUACCAUAAAGGUGCAGGAUCUCUUUCACCACAGAAUUCACCACAUCAAGACUUGGAUUCCCGAGUGGCUGCAAUUCCUAAGCUCACACUCUGCCAUAUCCCAUUGCAAGGAGGGAUAUCUUCACACAGUGGGGUUUUUUUUUUCCCAUUUUUAUGUGCACAGUUUUGGCAAGGGGCUUGCUUUUCCAAAAAAAAAAAAAACAAGCAGCUGAAUUGCAUGGGGGGUUGCUGGGGUUCUGUAAAGCAGCAGAACCACACAGGUUUUUAUCUUGUUUAAGGUUAUUUAAAGCACGCUUGAAAUUGCUGUCUUUGAGUUAGAGGUGAGUUUUUCUUUAUGCUUAUUUUUACCAUGGUCAUACCAAGAAUGUCAGGCUGGGUCUCUCCUAUUUUGCCAGAAGACUGACUUGAGAUUUCAGAGAGGAAUUCUGAGCUAUUAGGAACAGAACUCACUGUGGAUAUCCAGCUGGUGUUUAUGACUGGGCUCUGCAGGUGUUACUUUUUUAGCAGCCUGCUA